AUGUUGAAGGCUUUCAUUGGGCUUGCUGGGCUGGUCGGCUAUGCCACCGCCCAAAGCGACUCUGUCAAAGUCAAGUGGCUCGAAGAUACACCAGAAUACCUCGCCGGUGUGACAUUCGGCCUACCGUGGCCUCGUGGGCAGCACCCUGCGAACGCCACAACCUUCACCAUCUCAGGAGAUGCGGAACUUCAGUCGUGGGUGACGGCCUAUUGGCCGGACGGCUCAUUGAAGUGGACCGGACAUGCCCUAGGAGCUAGCGAAGCGCCGGCCAGCGAAUACACAAUCACGGCUUCUGGUGCAGGCAAUGCUUCUACUUCGCUAUACAAGCGUCAAGCCAAUGGCAUCCAAAUCACCGACUCUGACAGCUCCAUCAUGGUCAAUACCGGCAAAGUCUCAGCAACCUUUCCCAAGUCGGGCAACAUUCUGGUCUCCACCAUUGAAGCCGGCGGAAAGACGGUCGGAAGCAACGGCCACCUCGUCCUACGCUCUCAGAACGGCACUCCUGAUGACAACGAAGAUGGCAAGCCAACCGGCAUUGACUACUUUAGCUUCACCAGCAAGAUCUCGAACGUCACUGUAUCGGAGGAAAACACCGUUCGAUCAUUAGUCACAGUCAACGGCAUCCAUACUAUCGACGGAGAUGGCGCUCAUGACGACUGGAUACCUUUUACCGUUCGUUUCUACCUCUACGCCAACUCCGAAGCAAUUCGGGUCAUUCACACCAUCAUCUAUGACGGAGAUAUGCACAAAGACUUCAUGUCGGGUAUCGGCAUCCGCUUCGAUGUUCCCCUAGCUGAAGAGGAGUUCUACGAUCGUCAUGUCCGAAUCGCGGGUGUCGAUGGCGGAAUGCUGCACGAAGCCGUCAAGGGCAUUACUGGUCUACGUCGAGACCCAGGUGUCGACAUUCGAUCCGGUCAGUUCAAUGGCACUGUUCUGCCACCUAAUUCUACAUGGGAUCAGAGGGUGACCACUCGUCUACAGUGGAUCCCGACAUGGAGUGACUAUCGCCUGACACAACUCUCUUCGGACGGUUUCAACCUCAAGAAGCGCACAAAGGCCGGCCAAAGCUGGGUCAAGAUCCCUGGAGGCACACGUUCGGGUGGCUUGACAUAUCUCGGCGGCGCCACGGUUGGCGGUCUUGCCGUGGGCCUUCGCGAUUUCUGGAAGAAGUAUCCUACCAGUCUAGACAUCUCCAACGCCGCAACUGAUACUGGAUCAAUCACCAUGUGGCUAUACAGCCCUCAGGCAGGGCCAAUGGAUAUCCGCCCAUACCACGACGGCCUUGGACAAGACACCUACAAGCAGCAACUAGACGCUCUGGAUAUCACAUACGAAGACUGGGAAGGAGGUUACGACACUCCCUACGGCCUUGGUCGCACCAACGAGCUUUACAUCUACGCGUUUGACAAGACUCCAUCCGCUGAUCACCUUGCAACGCUCACCGAAUUCACCAACAAUCCACCUGUUCUCAUACCUGAGCCAGAGUACAUGCGCGACACCAAAGCGAUUGGGUCGUACUGGGACGUGCCUGGUGCUGUGGAUUCUGCGCAAGCACAAACUAUCGAGAACAACAUGGACUUCCUGAUCAAGUUCUACGAAGACCAAAUCGAGCAGCGCCGUUGGUACGGGUUCUGGGAUCAUGGAGACAUCAUGCAUACCUAUGAUAACGAUCGUCAUCAAUGGAGGUACGAUAUCGGUGGAUAUGCCUGGGAUAACUCCGAACUGUCGCCUGAUCUCUUCUUCUGGGACUUCUUCCUCCGUACCGGCAGAGCAGAUGCCUACAAAAUUGCUCACGACCAAGUGCGCCAUGGAGGUGAAGUUGACUCGUAUCAUCUAGGCAACUUCACUGGGCUCGGGACGAGACACGGCGUUCAACACUGGAGUGACAGCGCCAAACAGGCUAGAAUCUCAACUCCGGUCUACCGCAAGACAUUUUACUACAUCUCCGGCGGCGACGAGCGGACCGGCGACCUGGUAAGUGAGGUCAUGGAUGCUGACAAAGCCUUCCUUCGCGUAGAUGCGAGACGCAAGGUGCGAGAACCGGGUAUCGUCUACAACCCUGAUCCCGAAGCGCUUUUCCUCAACUUUGGAACCGACUGGGCUGGUAUUGCUCAAGCUUACCUUAUCGAGUGGGAGCGCCGUGGCCCUCGCUGGGAAGAAUCUCGCAAAAAGCUCGUCGAGUCCAUCAUGACAUACCCCAAGCUCAAGAACGGAUUCGCUACUGGCGAAGCCUUUUACAACAGUCUCACUGGUGCAUGGGCACCACCGCCCACAGACCCAAACAACACCGGCAACGUCACCGUUUCGCAUUUGUCUGGUGUCUUCGGCGUCCUUGAGACUAUUGAUCAGCUUAUGGACCACUUCGGUGCGGAGGAGAAGAAUCUCACUCAACCUUUCUUCGAAGCCUUCUUGGACUAUUGUUACUAUUACGGCGCCGGGAAGGCUGAACAGAGAGCGCGCUAUGGCAAGGACUUUGGCACUCUGAGUCUGAUGCAGGGCCACUCGCGCUUCACCGCAUAUGUCGCCAAUCAUCGCAACAACGCGACACUCGUUCCAAGAGUUUGGUCAGAGUUCUUGGGCGAUGGUAGUAAGGAUGGGCUUGCACCGGGUGCUCCAUGGGCGAGGGUGAGGAUCGAUGGGAGUGAUUCACUUACUGCUGUCGAUGAAGCCACAUGGGUCAGCACGAAUGCCGCAGCGCUAUACGGCGUUGCUGGUAUUGAGAACCUGGCUCUCGUAGGCGCGCCCGACGUGAGCACCGUUGGAGGUGGUAACGCGACAAAGGGACCCAUGUAG